AUGCCAGAUGCAUUCAAUGAUACAGGAAAAGGGACAAAAUCACAUAUACCUACAGCAAAUACACAAGCAAGGAUUGAUAUCCCAAUCGGAUUAACCAAUGUUGCAGCAAAUGAAUCAUCAACUACAAGCUUGAAGCAAGGUAGACCCAUUGGUUUGAAGGACUCAGCUCCCAGAAAGCAAAAAUCGAAAGCAUAUUCCAAUCUUAAUGAAAACGCUCAUGAAGAUAUUAUUAGGAAAGAGAUUCACCUUGAACCUACAAUUCAUCCAGAGAAUUAA